AUGGCAUCCAGGAAAACGCUGAAUCGCCGGCCACGUCCACAACGUGCAACGAGCAAUGUGUUCGCAAUGUUCGACCAGGCACAAAUACAGGAAUUCAAAGAAGCCUUCAAUAUGAUCGAUCAGAAUCGCGAUGGCUUCAUCGAUGUGCAGGAUUUGCAGGAUAUGUUCGCAUCACUUGGUAUAUGCAAAAGUCAGCUGUUUUUAGGAAAAGAAGUCACCGAGGAAUUUCUGGAAAAAAUGAUCAAUGAAGCACCGGGACCAAUUAAUUUCACGAUGUUUCUCACUCUGUUUGGCGAGAAAUUAACGGGAACCGAUCCGGAAGAGGUUUUUUUUAAUGUUUUUUACAAACAAUAA